ACGUCACACCUCUGAGUCGUAACCUCAGCGACGGCGCAUAAUAGGUGUUAGCUAGUUCACGGGUACUUGGUUUUGAUUCUCCCUUACCAAGAAAACAGUCGAAAAUGUAGCUUUUCAGCAUUAAUUAAAAGCCAACCAUCACUUUGACAAAUCUAAGGUUUCGGUUCAUCACCUUCUCAGAGCAAUUAAAGGCAUAUGGUUAGAGCGCCAUAUCCAUCGCGAGCUCACGAUGCUGCUAAAAAAAUGACCAGUGUUCAGAGCAAAAUGUAUCAAAAAUUAACAUGACUCCCACAUGAAUUAUAUGCUUUUGCUGUCCCCUCCCUUAAAAUCCAAAAACAGGUGUCAUUUAACCUGCUGGCUCCAUCCCAUUUGAAUUCCUAAUUAAAACAAUAGGAACCCCAUCUAACCAUGCUAUUUUCACUGCGUGAGCUGGUGCAAUGGCUUGGAUUUGCCACCUUUGAGCUCUUCCUUCACCUGGGUGCGUUGUUGGUCUUCAGCAUCCUGGUGGCCCUCCAUGUAGACAUGAAGACCCCUGAAAGUUGGUGGCUGGUGUUCGUGCCCUUGUUCGCUGCUGAUGGACUCAGCACCUACUUCACGGCCAUUGUAUCCAUCCGCCUGUACCAGGAAGGGGAGAAGCGUCUGGCAGUACUGCGCCUACUCUGGGUUCUCACUGUGCUCAGUCUGAAGCUGGUGUGUGAGGUACUGCUCUGUCAGAAGCUAGCUGAGCAUGAACAAACCCGUGACCCACUCUAUGGGCUCAUUAUCUCUCCGCUCUUCGUUCUUCUGCAGCUGCUCAUGAUUCGCGCCUGCCGUGUCAAUUAAUGGUAGUGGAGUCACACCAUUGGCCACCCUUGUUCUCUGGCCCACCUACAGGCCAAUGGACUUGAAUCCUCAUGGACUGUUAUCUGCUCACCAUGCAUAGUUCAAAUUGGGGCAAGAGUGGUUGCAGAGGUGAAUGCAGGGGAAGAUGACAUUAAUGAGUCUAAGAAAUUUAAAUGAGAUUCUUGCUCAUGCAUAUAAAUAUGACAUUGUAUCCGUUCAUAUCUGAUGCUAAAGUAAUGUGCAAUUUUUCAUUUAUGAUGUCCUAAGUGCUGAUUAAUGUUUGGUCUUAUUUUCCUCUCUGAAUGCUGUUACUUUCUUUAUGUGUAAUAACCUUUUAUUCUUUGUAUAUAUUGUAAAUAAAUGAUCAACAUAUAAGCUUUA